UUUGCGAACGGACGUUCAUCCUUCUCGUUCCUUAUCCUCUGCGUGGCACGAGUGAUUCUCGCGCUGAAUUCCACAAUUUCGAUGUCCCGGAUUUGUCUCGCAAUUUUAUACGUGUAUUUCAUCCUAACAUCUUCCUCGCAGGCGUGUUGAUUCUCGUGGUGAGUCGGUGACAGACGUUAAACGCGGACGGCAGAAGGCAAGCUCGAAUCAAGCGGAGAUACAUGGUCCCGUAUUCCUUGAACGCUCAUCGUUUUAUCAUAUCGGCCGUUGCAUUGUGUUGCAUCGCAUCGCAUCGUGUCGUGGCCGCGCCGCGCGUCAUCCACCGCGCUGACUCGGCCCAUCGCGGAUAAUCGCGCGAGGAGAUCAUCAAACGAGAAGGGCCUGGCCAUCUUGGAUGAGACAUGUCACUUUGGAGUAAACGUCAACGGCAUAGUGUUUACCAUACGAUGGAUGUUUGUGCCGGCUCUCUCUAAUAACGACACUGUCUGAAACAGACACGUCCGUUUGAUCAAAGUUGCUCGUGGUGGUGAUCCUUUUUGGAACGCACGGACGUACUUCCAAGUGGUGGCUCAUCGUGGUACCUGUGCUGCAUGAUGAAUCGCGGUGACGGGCUGGUGCAGCGACGACGCGUGGUGAACAGCGGCGGCAGCGGCGCCGGCGGCGGCAGCGGUCAGGACGGCCCGAACGCAGACCUCGUCGGCCACAAUGAUAAACUGUCUGGACAAAGCCCGGACACGGACUGCUUGUCCCAGAAGGAUCUCAACUGCAAUCCCACUAUUGACGAUGACUCUGAUAAGGAGACACGUCUCACUCUUAUGGAGGAGGUCCUGCUGCUCGGUCUCAAGGAUAAAGAGGGAUACACAUCCUUUUGGAAUGAUUGCAUAAGUUCCGGAUUAAGAGGGUGUAUCUUAGCGGAGCUUGCCUUUCGGGGUAGAGUAGAGCUGGAGAAAGCUGGUAUGCGUAAGAAAAGUUUGCUAGCUAGAAAGCUUCUGUUGAAAAGUGAUGCGCCUACGGGAGAUGUACUGUUGGAUGAAGCUUUGAAACACUUAAAGGACACAGAUCCACCUGAAACUGUGCAGAGUUGGAUAGAAUAUCUCAGUGGAGAAACAUGGAAUCCUUUAAAAUUGAGGUAUCAAUUGAAAAAUGUCAGAGAACGGCUAGCAAAAAAUCUUGUCGAGAAGGGUGUCUUAACUACAGAGAAACAAAAUUUCUUAUUGUUUGAUAUGACAACUCAUCCUCUUACUGACAACCUUGCUAAAAGCCGUCUCGUGAAAAAGAUCCAAGAAGCUGUAUUAGGUCGUUGGGUAAAUGAUGCCGCUCGUAUGGAUAGACGAACAUUGGCAUUAGUUAUUUUAGCUCAUGCAGCUGACGUAUUAGAAAAUGCAUUUGCGCCAUUGUCGGACGACGAUUAUGAAGUAGCGAUGCGAAGAGUACGGACAUUAUUAGAUCUCGAUUUUGAGAUGGAAUCUGCUAAACGUAACGCGAAUCCGGUACUUUGGGCUGUAUUUGCUGCAUUCACCAAGUAACAGUUACUAACUCUCAAAUUUCGUGGACGCGGAAUAGUUUUCUACUAUUAAAUUCUAUUAUGUAUUAUACAAUACUAUUAUUCUUAUACUAAUGUGAAUAAUGAACUUAAUGAUUUUGCAUAUCUUUAGUUGCCAAUUAUUAUGUCAAAUAGAUAUAAUUCUUGUUACAUAAUUCAGACCAAAUCCAUAUUCAACUAUAUAGAAAAUUUUUUAACUGAUUCAUUUUCGUUAUUGUUAUUUA